AUGGCGCGAAAGACCCCACAAGAACUCGGUCUCGACAACAAGUUGGUGAUAUGGAGGACUUCACUGACCAUUCUCGACCAACGACAAACUGCCUUGCAGCGUCUCCCUUCACAAUGCCCCCGCGCCUUCGUCGUUACCGGUCCAGCUCGCUCCCUCUAUGGCCUUGUCACUAGCCUUCGCAAGCCCAUCUUCUCCACUCGUUUCUUGGUUGUCGGUGUUCCUUGCCACAAUGGAUACCUUGUCGGCCAGACGGAGAAGAUCAUAGCAGAGGAUUUGGAUGGAGAGGAGGCCUCGAAUCCACGCAGGAUGCGUCGCCAUCGACUUCCAUCACUGCCAGCGAGGGCAAUCCACUGGUCUGCAGCGACCAACUUCCUCGAGACUACUACCCAUACUGUCGACUUUGGACCUGGAGGGUUGAGCGGAAUCGGUCUUUUGACCGCGAGGAACCCAGGUGUCCGUGUUAUCGUUGUGGGCGACCGCGCCACCAAGGGCGACGCGGAGUUAUCUGGUUCGCAGAGCGUCAAGUAUGACGACUGGUGGACGAAGCAGUUCUCGCCGAGGUUGGUGAAGACCAGUGAUGGAUGGCACCAUGUAUAUCGACACUCCCGUCUCGCGUCUCCUCGGCAAGCCACCCAUUAUGGUCGCGGGCAUGACUCCUUCGACUGUUCAAGCCGGUUCCAGCUCGCUAGUGGUGGUCACUACACCAACGCUGCUCUCCGCUCCAAAGUCGCCGAAAUACAGGCCAAGAUUCCCGCUGGUGUCGUUUACAUCAACCAGCGCCAAUUCGGCUUCCAACUCCCACUGUGGCAAGAGCUCCCCGUCGAAGGUUUCUGCGUCGCGGCCGGUAUCCUGAGCACGGAGAAGGCCGCAGACAUCAUUCGCGGUCUCCGUCUUGCUGGUAUCCGCCAUGUCGCCUUCAAGCCCGGCUCAGUCGACAGAAUCCGACAAGUUGUCGCUAUCGCUGCUGCCAACGCCGACUUCCCCAUCAUCCUCCAAUGGACUGGUGGUCGUAUUGUUGUCACCACUCUUACGAGGAAUUCCAUCAACCCAUUCUCCAAACCCACUGCGCAAUUCUGCCAACAACCCAAUAUCUCUCUCGAGAAGCGUGCCGUUUGGUUGUUGGAGCGACGGGACGAGAUUAUUGGCAAGUUGAAUCGCGACUUCAGCAAGCUGUGGUUUGGUUGGAAGAAGGAUGGCAGAGUCGCAAAGGAGCUCGGCGAGAUGACCUACGAGGAAACCGUCCUGCGUAUGGUCCGCUUGAUGUUUGUUGCCCACGAACAUCGGUGGGUCGAUGUCUCGUUGCGCAACUUGACUGGCCAAGGGUCGGGUUGA